CUUUUCUCUUGCUACAGAGCCCUGUCCAUCACUUUUGCUGCAGAGACACAUGGCUGAACUCCUUAGUCAAGACAAAGACAUGGCUGCCAGUUUCCUUAAUAGCGUCUUAAACCAGCUCAACUGGGCCUUCUCCGAAUUCAUCGGCAUGAUACAGGAGAUCCAGCAGGCAGCUGAGCGGCCUGAGAGGAAUUUCGUGGACACGCGGCAGUUAAAGGUGUGCGCGACCUGUUUUGACCUCUCUGUCAGUCUGUUACGGGUCCUGGAGAUGACCAUCACUCUAGUGCCGGAAAUAUUCCUGGACUGGACCCGCCCCUCCGCCGAGCUGCUGCUGCGCCGAUUGGCUCAGCUACUGAACCAGGUGUUAAAUAGAGUCACGGCAGAAAGAAACCUUUUUGACAGGGUGGUCAACUUGCGCCUCCCAGGCCUGGAGAGUGUUGAUCACUACCCUAUCCUAGUGGCUGUUUCAGGAAUAUUGGUGCGCAUUCUGGUCGACUCCGAUAAACACGGGAUCUCAAGGGCUGCGUCUGUGCUGCUGUCGGAUCCUUGCUUCCAACUUCGCUCCAUCCAGUACCUGCUCGGAGAAGGAGACGCCGGAGCCGCCAGUGCCGACCACAAACACUUCUCUCUGCACACAUAUACGGACUACAUCAGCACGGAGGAAGAGCAGAAGGUAGAACAGAUGCUAACUUUCCUGACGGAGGAGUCCAAGCAGGCAGCUGCCAGCACAGCGCCGACCAGCGAGGACGAUCUCUGCCCGAUCUGCUAUGCACACUCCAUAUCAGCCAUCUUCAAGCCCUGCUCCCACAAAUCCUGCAAGGCCUGUAUCAAUCAGCACUUGAUGAAUAACAAGGACUGCUUCUUCUGCAAGGCCACUAUCACUGGAGUGGAUGAUUACACCAAACCGGCCAGCUCUUAGUGCGCCCUUCACACAAACACACACACAUUUGGUGUUCAAAAUCCACAUUAUGUACACUUUCCCCAAAGACUUCACUUCAGAAACACACAUAUUCAGGAUGGCUCAUCGUUUCCACUCAGGCUAUCACGUCCAUGUACGGUCACCAUCCCGUCACUGUUGGUUCUGCCAGCAUUGCCCAUCUGCACUGGCGUAUCAUAACAUUUUGUCCUCUGACGAAUGGAACGCAAGGCAAUAGUUCUUCCCUAGUGUCUUUGUGAUGGAUGGAUGAGAUCCUGUUUAGAGCCACGCGCUUGUAGUGCAUCUGAAGGAGCAGCAGAAAAGCUGAAUGUGGAAGAUCUGCUGAGAGUGAUGGGGAGAGGAAAUGACAGAUUUCAUCUCUCGUCACUGUCUCAAUCUUUUCUCUCUCUUUUUUCUCAGCUCAUGUUCUCAUCUGUUUUCAGAUUUCAUCUCCUCUCUGCUCAUUUCUCUUCUAUCCUUUAAUCUCAUCUGUUUUAGUCUCCCCUUUUCUCUUCUCGAUUUCUCGCUUCGGCUCGUAUCGUCUCAUGUCUUUUUUCAUCUUCAUGUUUCCUGUUAAUCUCCUCUAUUUUCACCCCACCUUUUAGUCCCAUCUUUGUUUUAUCUCUCUUUCAUCUCACCUAGUUUAGUCUUCCCUUUUCUCCUUUUUUCUCAUGCUUUUUUCUCGCUUUGUCUCAUUUAAUUCUGUGUGCUUUAUUCUCCUUUGUCUCGUCUCGUCUCUUCUUUUCUUUGGUGUUCAUCUCUUCUCUGUCUUGUCUCAUCUUUUCUCCUCUCAUUUAGUCUCUGCUCAUCUGUUUUGAUCUCUAUUCAUCUCCUCUCCUCAUCUCUUCUCUCCUUUCAUCCCAUCUAUUGUAGUCUCCUCUUUUCUCUUAUCCAUGUUUCUCAUGUUUUCCCACUUUAUCUUGUCUCAUUUUGCCUCGUCUUUUCUCAUCUCAUCCCUUCUCUUCUUCAUGUUUCAUCUCAUCUCCUCUAUCUUCCUACCACCUUUUAGUCUCAUCUCUCCUCUUUUUGUCUCAUCUUCUCUCC